UCAGCAUUAGACUUGUACGUACGUGAAAGUGUAGGCAACAGUGCUGUGGCUCGUGACCUGCCACUACAACACUGCCAUGGAGGAGACAGUGUCACUGGGAGAAAAGAGGGCUCAAUCGGAGGAACCUCAGCCAACCACAAGUAGCAUGGAGGUAGCCCUACCACCAACACCAAAGAGACCAAGGGUCAAUGAAGCUGGGGAGCGCAGAAACACAAGUUGAUGUGACAGACUGUGUUCUUCGACAAAGUAUGGAUAUGAUAUAUUAUCUAGACACCAGUGAAGUUCUCAAAGCCAGCCUCAUUCCAAUCCUGACAUUCUUGACAAACGAUGAAACAGAGAAACUGGAACACCUUAUGGAUCUGGAAAUACCAACAGAAAGGAUUGUCAGACGGCUCAUCCAAUUUAUCAAGCGUCAAGAGGGAGACAAGAGAGACAGUGCCUGCAGAAAGUUGGUUGCCUGUGUCAUACUGACGAAAGAAAAUCAUCUUGGUCACGUGGAUCUCGAUGAGAUAUUCAGUGAACAACUGCCAGACCACGAACACAGUUGCAUCCAGCAACUUGUGAGUGAAGCCAAGAGCACCCAAAAGCCAUUGGCACCUGAGAAGCCUGUCCCAUUCAUAAAAAUAGAAGGCAUUCUGUGUGAAAGUUUCAGUGAUACUGAGAGGGUCUUGUGGGAAUUUUUCAGUAUUGGGGACUAUAGGAAACUAGAAGACAAAGUAAUUGAGGUGUUUGGCGACCCCACACUAAAGGCUGAAACCGAUUGCCACAUUGUUGCAAUGUGGUUCAAGUCACUCAUCGUGAUGCACAAGUACGGGGAGUAUUCCAGGGCCAUUGAAGUUUUGAACGAUGCCCUGGAAUUGUGCGGGGACAUGAACUGCGUCAACAGGACGAUAUUAGAGGGCCGAAUCUAUCAGCGUAUGUCACAGAACCACCUCAUGCUGGGACGGAAGCACGUGGCAAUGCUGUGUUUCGAGCAGGCAAAGGACAGACUCCAGAUGGUGGGGAUCGGCUACGACAAAGCCAACAUGUUCUGCAGGGAAGCAAAGAUUCUGAGCGCACAGGAAACAGAGUCCAGAGUGAAGAUCGAAAAAAUGUACGAGAAUGCCCUGUGUGUCUUGAAGCGAGACGAUCCAUAUUUCCUUGCAAGUUUUCCAUCCAUAACACUAUCAAAGGCCGCCUUUUAUCUCAGAGUGUCGUUUGGCUCCAAAGCAGGGAGUCAUAUGCCACAGGUAGACACCGCUGACAUCCGAAAAGCCGAAGAAACUCUUGCAACUGUCAACGAGAGCAAGCACAUACUUCUCGAGAUGCGGCAAUUUGAGUAUAGUUUCCUUCGUGCGGAACUGUACCGACUGCGAGGAAGGGAGAGGGAGGCCAGAGAGCUGUUUCGGGAGCUGACGUCCACCCCAGGCAGCUCUAAGGUUGAAAACAUUUUGUCCCUUGCCUGAACAGAGACUAAAGAGCAUUGAUGGACUGCCGUGAUCAUCUUCCACUCCAAACUUCUCCAUCAACAGUGGUAUAUCGAGCUUACCACUGACCAGGCUGUUGAGUGUGCUGUGUAUAAUGUAGGGAACUUAUAUGACCCUCCAUCUAAUUUACAUUUCCCCUUCUUUUUUUCAUGUUUAGCUGCAAAAUGCAAAUUGGAUGCGUUGAUGUGCAUGCUCUACGGCUUCCAGGAAUCUGCUAACGUUCUUUCUGGGUGUAUCAAGGGCACUGAUAUUACCUUUGCAGUCCCAUUAGUGUCCACACCCACACAAAUUCAUUACCUAAGGGAUAUAACUCACCUUCAACUUGACGGCGUUGCGUUGUUUGAGCUGCUCCAGGUCUUCCUGUAGUUUGUCCACCACCUGGACCUGUUUCCUGCGCAGGCUCUCUGCCUCUCUGGCCUUGGAGUACAGGCCAUGCUCCCUGGCCUCGUACUGAUUCACCACUC